UAAAAUCUUCACCCACCAAAGCACAAUGUCCGCUAGUAACAGAAGCAAACAAUGGAUUAGAGGUUAUAAAAAAACGUUCACUUCCUUCUACCAGUCAGACAUCAUAUGGCCGUGGUGACAGAUGCAAAAACAAUGCAAUUCUUGAGGAGGUAACCUUAAAACAAACACUUCCUCCGGCCAGUCAUGCAUCAUAUAGCUGUGAUGAGCGACUUAGAAAAGUUGCAGUUUCUCUUCCUCAUACUGGUCUGAACUUGCCACAUACUCAACUCCAAACAUCAAAACCAUCAGGUUUGCGGAUGCCAUCACCCUCGUUGAGUUAUUUUAAUCAGACAAAAGCUUCUUGUUUGCCUGGAACCCAUAAGAGCAGUUCACAACCACACAAGAUUCCUAAUGUGAGGCAAAUUGGUUCUGUAAAUCCAAUUUAUAAUUUGAGACUGCCGUUACUUGAGAAAAUACCAAAUGAGACCAAUGCUGGUACAGUUAUAGAAAACAUCGAUGUCCAGUGUUCAAGUUCUGUUCCAUCUGUUAUUACCGCGGCAACGGACAAAGUGGAUUCAGUCUCACAACUAAGACAUGUGCAGAAAGAACUGAAGCUACGUUCUAAUUCAAAAGGUAAUGGUAUGACAGGCGAUCACAAAAAAAUAAAUAGCAUGGAAGAUGUAAUAUUUCGGAGUGAUGAUAAAUACUUAAUGGAUCAGGAGUCCUCUCUUGCCUUCCCUGAAAAAAGUAUAGAGAUUCAGGGCCACAUUUUGGAGAGGGUUGCAGAUGCUAAUUCAGAAGUCCACAAUAGUAGUGCAGCUGAAUACAAAAUACUUGAUGCCUUGUCCUACUCCAGAUGUAAAGAUCAAACAAAAGAUGAGAGUAGUGCAUUGAAGAGAAUAAGUCGAAUUUCACAUCUGGAUGAUGCAGAAAUGCUGGACUCAGAUAGAAAAUUGUGUGAAGUCAAUGAUGUCAAUGAUUGCAGGUCUAAUGAAGUGGAAAUGGUGGACUCCCCUAAUGUGGAGAAUAUUGCAUUGGUAUCUGGAGACAAUGGGCCAGAUGAAGAGUGCCACAGAUAUAACACUGGGAACAAUGAAGAUAUCUGUUUGGAAGUAAAGUUGUCUGUAGCAAGUGGAUUGCAAAGUAACCCUGAUCUAUUGAAGUAUGUAAACCUGGAAGAAGAAGCAAAUCAAGAAGUCGAUGAUCGUAUUGAUGUGAUUAAGGAACCCCUACCGGGAUCUCUCAAGGACCUGUCGACAGUUGCAAAUUGCACGCACUCUAAUACACAUGAACUAUCUGGAUUUCUUGAUCUUCGACAUCCAAAUGCUAUAGCAGUCCAGGUAUCACAGGAACAUAAGCCCAAAUCAGAUUUGAAUGGAGCUUUGCAUCCAAAUAAUACUUCAUGUAAGGAAUAUGAGGAUAUGGAUGAGCUUGUUUUAGAUUGGUUGGAUGGUUGUGAAAGUGACCCCAAGUUGUCAAAUGCUUGUAUAGUAGUAACAUCAGCAAUAUAUGAUGGCAGACCUGAUUUGGGGGCAGAGGUUGACUACUCAAAUUUGGAACUUGCAGUGACUAGAAGUUCCAUGGUUGAGCAAUCACCAGAAGACGUUCACGAUCAUACAAUUUCCAGGGAUAGCAAUGUGUUAUGUGAUCAAGCUGCUUCUGUGGAAUCUGACUUAUCCUUAAAAACAACCAAUGAAGAAGAUUCUGUUCGAACUUUGGCAUGUAAUUCAUUGGAAGGGAAAAGUCCGUCUCUGUUUGAUCAGACAUCACCAAGUGGAAGCAUUCUGCAGGACAAUGGAGUUAUUGUAUUGGGCAGCAAAACUUUGGCAGAGGAUGCUGAAACCAGCAUUUUGAGAAGUAAUCAUACAGUCAAUGAUGAAAUGCAGCAUGAAUUAGAUGACUCUGUGAACUCACCACGAGAUAAUGAGGCCGCAAAAGAGCUUAAGAAGUCUAUGAGCGGAAAGAAGCAAGAAGGGCUUGUAAUAAUACCACCAUCAAAUGCUGUUCCAUUUUCUGAUGAAUGGUUGGCUGCAAUUGAAGCAGCUGGAGAGGAAAUUUUAACCAAGAAAGGUGGUGCUGUACAGAAUUCACCCCCGAACAAAUCCCCACCUCAACUAGGUCCAUAUUCACCAGUGAAACGAAAACAAAAGCAAGUAAUUGGACCAUUUGAUUGUACAAAACAUAUCAACCCCCCGUGAUUUUCAGUAACUUGAGACCCGUUCGGUCGAUCCCAUUCACCAUAUGACAACAUUUUUUCUCUUGCCAACAACUCAAUGUUGUCGUCACUGAUUCUCUACUGACAUAUUCCACAAUACCUUCCUCUAGAAGUUAUACUUAAGAAAUCCUUUUCUUAGUUUUGCAGUUCUUUUCGGAUUUUA